AUGAAAAAACCAUCUGCGUUAUCACGCUGCCUCGUAACCAUAAGUGAAAUAAGUAAUCUCGGUAAUACCGACUCCAAAUUUUUAAAUAGGUACAAAAAUGUCAGUGAACAAUGGAUCGUUAUCGGUGAAUCUAUAACUCCAAUCGAUUGCUAUAUAGAAUAUUUUUUAAGUCAAAUGUUUUCUAACGAAAAAAGCAAGUGCGUCAUCACAUGCAAAUCCUACACAAUCAGUUUUACAAUGCAACUGCAUAGAAUAGAAGUUAGUUACUACUUUGACCAAUCGCCAAAACAGUUACUAGCACUUGCCCGGCAAUACAAAGAGAAUGGUGUCAAAAUGUUCCCAAAGCAUCCCCUCUUCGCACAUAGAUAUUUCAGUUGUGCAGCCAAAUGCUUACUCUCAUGUGCACCGCUAGAGUCUCUCGAUUCAGCCGUCGAGGGCGUUGAAACAAUUCGAGAAAUGCAAACGCUACUGGAUACGUUGUAUCUUAACAUUUCAGCUUGUCUGAUUAAACAAAAUCGAUAUGAAGAGGUCCUGGAUGUACUGGCGCCCAUCGAGCAACAAGAAAAUCCUUCGGAGAAAGCUGUCUACCGUAAAGCAUUAGCACAUUUUCACCUUAAACAAUUUCAACAUGCCAUAACGACAUUAUGUCAGAUCGACUACUCAAAUAACAAGGAUUGUAUUGCUUUAUAUCGGAGGGUGGAGAGUACUAGGCAAGAAGAAGAUGUUAAAUAUAACAACAUGGUAAAAAAGAUGUUUGGAUGAUUUUAUUUUUUUUUCUGGCUUCUCAAAUAAAAUAAACACUGUCAUGAAAA